AUGAGCGCGGGCAGCGGCAGCGGGGCCGCGGCCGCGGCGGGCACCGCCACCUCCGCGCUGUGCCUGCUGCUCUCGCUCACCGCCGUGGCCGUGUGCCUGCUGCUGGGCGCCAAGACGGCCGAGCUGCAGGGCCGGCUGGCCGCGCUGGAGGAGCGGGGCGCCGCCGCCCACGGGCCGCUGCUGGAUGCGCUGCAGCCCCGCGUGGAGCAGCUUUUCCACGAGAAACUGGGUGAAGGACUAGCAAAGCUGAGGACAGCGAGAGAGGCUCCCUCAGACUGCAUGUGCCCCCCAGGUCCUCCAGGGAGGCGAGGGAAGCCCGGCCGGCGCGGAGAACCCGGACCUGCAGGGCAGUCAGGACGUGAUGGUUACCCGGGGCCUCUUGGUUUGGAUGGCAAACCAGGACCUCCAGGACCAAAAGGGGAAAAGGGUGAAGCAGGGGACGUCGGCCCAAGGAUGGUUUUCCCCCACCUCAAUCACGGAUUUCUGGCUAAUGAUCAGCUUGUCUUUAGUCGGCGAGUGCUCAAGGGUGACCGAGGUCGAGAUGGAGCCACGGGCCCCCCCGGUCCACCAGGACCCCCAGGUGCCCGGGGGCCUCCUGGUGACACGGGAAAGGAUGGCCCAAGAGGACCUCCAGGCUCCCCUGGUUUCAAAGGCGAGCCAGGAGAGGAAGGACUCAUGGGUGCCAGAGGACCUCCAGGACCAAAGGGUGAGCCUGGAGUCCAAGGGAAAAAGGGUGAUGAUGGGAUCCCCGGGGAACCAGGACUUGUGGGCCCUAAGGGAGAAAAAGGAAGUGUGGGUCCCAAGGGAGAGAAUGGCACCGAUGGCUUCCCAGGACCCAAGGGUGAAUCCGGUGAGAAGGGAGGAAUUGGCUCCAUUGGACCCCGGGGUCCCCCUGGCCUGAAAGGGGAACAGGGCGACACGGUCGUGAUCGACUACGAUGGCCGGAUCCUGGAUGCACUCAAGGGUCCACCAGGUCCCCCAGGGCCACCUGGCCCCCAAGGCACUCCAGGUCCCAAGGGAGAACUGGGCUUGCCAGGACCACCUGGGCUGGACGGUGAAAAGGGUCCCAAAGGAGCAAAGGGUGACCAGGGCAGCGCAGGGAUCACGGGGCAGAAAGGAGAGACAGGAGAAAUGGGCUUAGCGGGUCCACCGGGAGCAGAAGGGCCAAAAGGAGACAAAGGAGAAAAAGGAGACACCGGCUCACCGUGUCUGCAGAACAAUCAUAUCAUACCUGAGCCUGGACCCCCUGGAUUACCCGGCCCUAUGGGCCCUCCAGGAAUCCAGGGACCUAAAGGUUUGGACGGUGCAAAGGGAGAAAAAGGUGACACUGGUGAGAAGGGGGACCACGGUGACACUGGACCCGCUGGUCUCCCAGGCGCUCCAGGGCUCAUUGGAUUACCUGGUACCAAAGGAGAGAAGGGAAAGCCAGGGGAGCCAGGAUUGGAUGGUUUCCCAGGUCUCAGAGGAGAGAAAGGAGAGAGAAGUGAAAGAGGCGAGAAGGGUGAGCGAGGAAUACCAGGGAGAAAAGGAGCCAAGGGGCAGAAGGGGGAACCAGGCCCCCCUGGACUGGAUCAGCCUUGUCCUGUGGGACCAGACGGACUGCCAGUAGCAGGAUGUUGGCAUAAGUGAUCCCUAAGCAUGAAGCACAAUAUGUAAAUAAUGUGAUAUAUUUUGAUCUUUUUAAUUUUUGUA